UGUGUGUGUGUCCCUUGACACGUAUUGUAUAAUCCCAUAAUUCUUUUCUACAUUUCCACAACACUUACUGUUCAGUGGAGUGAGAGUGUUUCUGAGAGGACACUUUGUCCUGUGAGUGAGCCAUACAUUAUUCCUGUGGCCCCUGGGUAUGUUCACUGCUGCCAUGCCUCAUUGCCUCCUCUGAAAAGUAAAGAUGACCAAGGGGACUGGGACGUUGCUCUGCCUGCCAUGCAUAUCAGAUACACUGAUUUUGAGUGAGACACUUUGCAGGAUAUGUUCAUUGGUACUCCGGCUGUUGUCAGAUUGUAGUCUGAAUGAUUUAUCAACGAGGAAUGUCCGUUUUCUUACUAGAGAAAAGUCCCUCCACUAGGUGGCAGUCUUACCUCGUUUCCUCAUCUCCUUUUUUGUACUGCAUUGUCUUUUUUCUUAUCCUUUUUUUUUCUUUUGAAAUAUCAUGAGCUGCAUGCUUUGUGUCUCUCAGCUUAAAGACAAUUUAUUACAAUGGGGUUUCUUUGUCUCGAGUAUGUCAACCUAUAGUCAGCCAGUGGCUUGACACAUGACAGCCCUGGCAGCAGGGACAUCAUUUGCAGUGUUAAGUCCUCAGUUUGGUUUUGAUAACCUGAGACACGAGCCAUUAAUGCCAGCACCUCUGACCUAAUGCCUACCAGUCAAUCAGCAGUCUGACUUUCUGUGGUUUUAAAUAAGCAUAGCAGUACAGAUGCCUCUUUCAACCCCUGGAAAGCCUCUGGAGCACAGGCCUGGCUUCAGAAGUGCCCCAAAACAUACAGACUAACCUCUGUUUGCUUAACACACAGUGCUUUAUUGAACAGUGUUGCUCUGUUUGAUUAGCAGGUAUUAUGUUAAUUUUGUUGCACGCAGAUUUCAGUAACUUCUCGUUGGCAAAUAAAUCUGCAGCAUGUCUCUAGUUGGUUAGAUGUCAGAUUUGUCAGUUAUGUAAAACUCAGUUCAUGUUCGUCCUGCCAAGUCUGAUACAUGACGAUGUGAGUCCGUGACAGCUGUGAUGAUGGCAGAUUGUGUCAGUCAGCAUGUGAAAACCACCCACAAGUCAUUUCCCAAAGAAAAACACUUUAUGUCUGCUCGAAUAUUAUGUGUCUAAGAAGUAGGGACGUGGCUUUAACGACUUGAAUCUGUGGUCUGGCCUUCAUUUUUAUCAAUUACACAACCAUGCACUGAGACAUUACAGCCACAGUAGCUUCACUGUAUAGCCAGCAUUCACAUGUACUAUAUUUACUCCCCAUCACAUUGAUGCCUCCAAAUUGCCAUGACUGCAAAUUCUUGUGUAAUUAAAAAAACUCCCAGAGGAUGAGAGGGGGGUUAUUGACGCAACCUGUAGAUCAACCAUACGAGUUUCCUUCUUUUUGUAUGUGAAGGAAUUUGCUCGGUGGCCAAAACGUCUGCCACAUUCCUCUUGAUGUUCCCCACUCAGUGGAGCUCUCGGAAGGCUGGUUUGCCUGCGUGGCCCGAGACUUUCAAAGAAAUGGUCAUGUUGUUUGUUAGGAUAAUUACCUGUUUUCUCUCUAGAGUUCCUUGCUAUAAAAAUGCUAAUAUACAGUAGCUAUUUCCAUCGUUAGCUGUAAUAUGUAAAAAUGGUACUCACAGCAGUGGAAGUGUAGGCUGCAUUUCCAGGCUUUUUGAAGUAUUGUUGUUUUUUUUCUCCUCAGAAAAUUAGGUGAAUUGUUAGUGAUCCUAUUGCAGACAAAAGCAGCACUUCCCUUGAUUUAUAAAAUUAAUGAAUGAAUUUUUUUAUUUUUUCGAAUAAUGGUCAGUGUCUUUAACUGCUAUACCCUCCACAGUAUGUCUCCGUUUCUGUUAGAGAUGUUGUUGUUUAGCUUGUGGGUAGUUGUAUCCUGCUGUCUUUCUAUGUCAGUGCCCAUUGUGCUAUUUUCCCAUGAUUCUAUGUACUCACUCCGCUGUGCACUCACAAAGCCUUGCUGGAAUAAAAGAGCCCAGCCACUGAAAAGAAAGCAGAGCUUGUUGUGUGACCACCUUUUGUGUCCCAUCUUCCAAGCUUUGCUUUUAAAGACAAGAAGCCAUCUGCCUGGAGACAAAGAGUGCGGCCCUCGUCUCCCUCCCUCCCACCUCUCGAGGCCAAAAUAUCUCAGAGUGGUCUAUUCUUCAUCUGUCGACUCAGACGUAGCUGUAGAGCUGAAUUGUAUGGUGUGGUAUGUGUAGGUCUUUUCAAAGAAUGUCACCCACAGUGACAAAUAUCUUCACCUGUCCUGCCACUCUUGCGGCUAUCAGCCAGUUAACUGUUACUCGCAGACGUCAGAGACACAAAAGCAAUGUUUUUAUUUUGCUUCUGUGUCUCUAAGCUGCCAGUUCUGUUGUUUUAUCUCAGCUUUACAGUUGCCCUUUGGCUCUUUAUCAUCACAGAUCCAGUGCUUGCCAGCUUUCUGACCUUUUCUUCCUGUUUAAUAAAUCAGUUUAUUUUUUUGUGAUGUCUUCCCAUGUUCGGGCUUAGCUCUUAUGUAAAGUAGCUGUUUGACAUAUCAUGUCGUGUAGUAUGAUGGAUUGCUGUCAGUGAUAUGUGCCUCCCUCAUAUUGUAGCUUCUUGACUAGUUAGAAGUGCAGCAAGCCAUGUUGCGCUGUUUACUGGUUGUUUACAAGUGAAGCUAAUAGGGACAAAUUCAGCACAAACAUUGUUGUAGACCUGUAAAUGAGGCUGCUAUGGGAUUUUACUUAGAUUUGGGCACUGCAGGAUUAGUCCCUGUGUAAGGAUUAUUUCAGUAAUCCCUCCCAAUCCCCAUUGAUGGUCUGGCUCUGCUGGCCCUCUGAGACAGAUGAUUGUGAUUUGCGUGAGUAGUCUGCAGUCAUGGUGUCUGUAAGAUCCAGUCUGGUCGGCAGUGUGGGUAAUUCCAUGAGGCGACUGACAUAGCUGGAGGUCAAAAUCAGUAUGAAUUAUGAUGGCACAGCCUCGGCUCUGUCAGGCUAGUGAGUCUUGGGUCUAUCUUUGAGCAGGCAAGCGACCCAGUAAGGAGACCCAGUGCUGCUGGCAGUGGAGUGUUAUCUCCAGUUAAGUGAAGAGGAGUGUGUCCGGAAGCCAGUGGGCUAAUGGGAGAGUGCGCUGUGCUAUAAAAAGGGCAUCUGCACUAUUGAUCCUGCUUUUGAGCUGUUGAGCUGUGUGAAGUGGUCCUGACAGCACCACCCGCCCUUACUCUCAACCUCGUGGCCCCUCCCCAUCAGGGACCCUGUUUUCUCUCUCUUUCCUUUCUUGGCGUGUGAAAGAAGGCCAUUGUGUGAGGCACGCUCCUGCCCUCAGGCCGCCCACUACCGGUCCUCUUCCCCCGGCUCGUCUUACUUGCUGCUGCCGCUGGAUUCGGACCAGAUGCAGAGUCAACCCCGUGCUGGCUGUCAUCAGUUGCCCUCCUGGGUCAGAGGGGAGUGGAGCAUAGCUGCUGCCUCUGCACUGGGCUGUUGCCAGCAGCGUCUGCUGCACAGCGCACACAACUCCCCUCCACACCUUUCCUCAGAAGAGAUGGAGAGUCUCUGGGAACCCAGCCAAUCAAGCAUGGAGGCUGAAGAGAACAGAGGAGGUUUCGGAGGGGAGCUGAUAACCCACAAGUCUAAAAGACAGGAGCGAAAGCGUCAGGAGCUGCUGGCCUUGGCUCUGGGAGUCAAAGUACAUACCUUUCGAGGGCCACACUGGUGUGAGUACUGUGCCAACUUCAUGUGGGGCCUCAUUGCCCAGGGUGUCCGCUGCUCAGACUGUGGGUUGAAUGUACACAAACAGUGCUCCAAACUGGUUCCCAGCGACUGCCAGCCUGACCUGCGCAGGAUAAAGAAAGUGUUUAGCUGUGACCUCACUACACUUGUCAAAGCUCACAACACAACGCGCCCCAUGGUGGUGGACAUGUGUAUUCGCGAGAUAGAGCUGAGAGGUAUGAAAUCUGAAGGUCUCUAUCGAGUGCCUGGCUUCUCAGAGCACAUAGAGGACGUGAGGCUCUCCUUCGACCGAGAUGGUGAAAAGGUGGAUAUCGGUGCCAAUGCCUAUGCAGACAUCAACAUCGUUGCCGGUGCUUUGAAGCUCUACUUAAGGGACCUUCCCAUUCCUGUCAUUACAUUUGACUUGUACUCCAAAUUUAUUCAAGCUGCAAAAAUUCCAAAUCCUGAAUCCAGACUGGAGGCCAUCCACGAAGCUUUGUUGCAGCUCCCCCCGGCCCACUACGAGACCCUGCGAUACCUGAUGGCUCACCUCAAGAGGGUGACAAUGUUCGAAAAGGACAAUUUAAUGAAUGCUGAGAACCUGGGGAUUGUCUUUGGUCCAACACUUAUGCAGCCACCAGAGCAGAAUGCCUUGACAACCCUGAAUGACAUGAGACAACAGAAACUAGUGGUGCAGCUUAUGAUAGAGCAUGAGGAUGUCUUAUUCUAAGGACGUAGGCAUGCUGGCCAGUUAACAAAACAGGAGAGUUAUUUAUUCUGUCAAAGAGGAAAUUGAAGCCACCUUGAUUCUAGUGAAGUUUCAGAACUUUUUUUUUUUCUCGCAUGACUUUUAGUUGGAGUUGGUUUAGUGUUGACAUUGUCUUGUUACUGUAAGUUUGGGGUUUCCAUACUCUGCCAAGAGCGUUGUUUUUAUAUUAGCAAAGGAUCCAAUAUUUUUAACUUCCUCGUCUGCUGUUCCCUCCUCUCAUUCAUUUGAAGACUGUCACUACCUGGUGUAGACUCAGUCAUGAUGACAGCACUGUGUGAAAUCUGCCCCAGUGAGGGACUGGUGCUGUGGAAGCCAAGCCUCAAAGCAGCAGCUGAUUUACCAUUCCCACAUGACGUGUGCAUAUUUAGAUUUUUGUGGGAAAGCUGGUUAAACUUUUAACCAGACAAUGUGGAUCACUUCAUUGUAGAUCAAAUCUGAUCAUGUAAUUAUAAAAAUCUUAUUUUAUAUUUUGUGUGUACUAAGAGUUGAGACAACUAAGCGCUCAUGAAGCACUUUUUUUGCAACAAGUGUAAAGAUUUAUUUUGUAAAGAUGUUUAUUUUUGUCUUUUACUCUGCAUCAUCUUCUGUCACGAUAAUAAUAUAUAUACUGUAGAGAAUGAUGUUUGUUGAAUUUAUGUCUAAAUACAAAACUGUUCACAAGAGAAAAGAAGAAGAGUGACUAUUUGUGGAUCUACCUUUUCCAUAGUUGGCGUUAUGCGGGCGGAUUAAAUGCUGGUCACUGAUUCACAUCAUUUUGCAGACUGCACUACUUAAGCAAAGCAUUUCCUUACAGAUGUUGGUUACAAGUUUUGUAGUAGUUAAUUUUAAAUGCAGUGAAUGUGGAUAUUUUUUAAGUGAAAUAUAAGAUUAUGGCCCUUAUUUCACUCUUUCUAAUGUCAUUACCAGCACUCAGGGCUGCAGUAGUUGCCAUUUACUUCACAGUGCCAUAGACUUUAAGUGAUACUGAAGCUGUACCGAGCAUGUUUCUGUCAUAGUUUGUUUGAUGUGAUUAGUUGAAUCCUUUCUUCAAAUCCAUUUCAUUGCAAAGUAUUUUUGUGACAUUGCAAUUAAAAAUGUAACUUAUCAAAUAUUUAUAAAGAGUGUAAAACUUCAGGUUAAAAUAAUCUGGCCAGGAAAGGCACAGGUGUAACUUUAAAUUGGGCCACUUGAUGC